CGUCUACCACGCGCGGCGUGAGGUCAUCGCGGCGAUGCACCUUAUGCCGGUGAACCUCAUCCCAUGUCCUCUUUCUCACCAUCACUCGUGACUUUGUUGUCAAAGCCCACCCACGUGACUGCUCUCGCAGAAUCACGAUCAUGACCGACUGUGCAACCGCAUCCACACGUCCUACAUGGACAGAUGCCCAGACACGGACUGUUCACAGCAUCAGAGCCGCCAUGGCGGGCUUUAAAUCUCCAGUCGUGCCCCCACUCACGUUGGAAGAGCUGAGCAGGCUACCGCAAGACUCUGUCGCUCCUGCAGGCAUCUCCAUCACACACGCUGUUGCUCAGCCUUGCAAAAAUUUGCCACUCGAGCUUGUGCAAGACACAAACAUCCAGCCCAAGCCCGUCGUGUACUGGACCUACCGCGCAGAAGGCGACCCAGCCGUGCCAGCCAAAGCGCUCUUUUAUGUUCAUGGAGGAGGCAACACGACCAACUCGCCCGUCAGCACCACGUACAUUCCGCGCUUUCAUCAGCUCCUCGAAAGUGCUGGAAAGAAAAAGACGGUGGUGGUCGCGCCUGCUUAUAGAUUGGCAACCGCGCCAGAGAAUGCUUUCCCUGCUUCUCUUCAAGACGUCUUUGCCGCGUACAUGGCGUUGCUGCACGACCAGGGCUACGAGGCCCAAAACAUCAGCCUGAUCGGUGACUCGUCGGGUGGCAACCUUGUGCUCGGCCUGUUGAAGCUGCUUGGCGAUGCUGGCGGAGCACUGCCGUCAAAAGUCGCUCUGCUCGCUCCUGCUGGCGAUCUGACGCACAUUUUCAGCGCUGAAGCUGCCUCUGCAGCCGACGUGGAUCUUUUUGCCUACGAGUCGUACGAAGAGAUGGCCGGCAACUACUUGUACGAAGCGAGCUCCUCCAUGGCCAAAGCUUGCGGUCAAGCGCCCUCCUCCUACCGCAUCUUUCCGCGCGAUCAUCCUCUCGUCUCUGCAGCCCACGUGGGUGCUCAAGGAUGGGCCAAGACUGCAGCGACCGGAUUUUCUGGCGUGCGCAUCUGGGUAGGCGAUGCGGAUCAGCUGGCGGAUGCCAGCCACAAGAUUGCGAAUGAUCUCAAGCAGGCUGGCGCGCGCGACGUUCAGAUCAAGGUGCUGCAAGACAUGCCCCACGGAUUCUGGAUCCUCGACGUUUUUCCGCAAUGCGGCCAAACGUGGAGAGAGGUGGGCGCGUACGUGGUAGCUUGACUCUGCCCUGUGUCGGUGUGAGUGUCAGGUGAGGGUGACGAAAGGCGAUUUCGACAGAAUGGACUGCCAGCCAAGCUGCUCGGGGCAAUAGCGUGGAUCUAUCUUGUAUUGUACGGUUCUUCU